AUGGGAAAGUGGAGUGCGAUAGUAGUGAUAACGAUGAUGGUGGUGAUUGCUGCGACGGUGACAUUAGAAGUAGAAGCAGACGAAAGUUGGGUUCAGUGUUUUCAAAAUUGUGCGAAACCUUGUGACGAUAACGACGAUGCAUGCGGUGAACGUUGUAGAGAACAAUGCGGUGGCCCAAACCCUCCCCAUGAUCCUAUGCCUCCUCCUCGUCGAAUCUCACGUGAGAUGGCAUCUGCGGGAGUUCGCGGAAGGAGAGAGUGA